UGAUACGUGGUGGGUCCAAUAACUUUUGCUCCUCUCCAAACACAAGUAUAAAGCUCUUAGGCUCUUCACCAGUUGUUUCGUCGCUGUGUUUCCCCCACCAUCAUCUACACUCCAUACUUAUCAAAUUAAGCAAUACAACAACAACAGUUAUUGAAUGCAAAUUAUAGAAAAACUGGGAAUAUGAGAAGGCCUGUAAGACACUCCAACAAACUUGACCUAUUCGACGGUCUCCCUGACGAUCUCAUCGUUCUUAUUCUCUCCAAACUAAGCUCUGCUGCGUCUUCUCCUUCUGAUUUCGUCAAUGUUAUUUUAACAUGCCGGAGGCUGAAUCGUUUGGGAUUACAUCGUAUGGUGUUGUCUAAAGCUGGGUCUAAAGUAUUUGCUAUAAAACCCAAAAACUGGUCAGAUUAUGCUCACCGUUUUCUUAAACACUGUGCUAACGCCGGUAACGUCGACGCCUGUUACACUCUCGGAAUGAUCCGAUUUUACUGUCUGCAAAACCGUGGGAGCGGGCUUUCGCUGAUGGCGAAGGCAGCGAUGAAGCUACACGCGCCGGCGCUGUACUCGCUUGCGGUGAUUCAGUUCAACGGCAGUGGGGGUUCCAAGCGCGACAAGGACCUACGCGCGGGCGUGGCCCUGUCGGCGCGUGCAUCGCUGCUCGGCCACAUUGACGCGCUCAGGGAGUUGGGUCAUUGCCUCCAGGACGGGUACGGCGUGCGGCAGAACGUCGUGGAGGGACGGAGGCUGCUGGUGGAGGCCAACGUUCGCGAGCUCGCGUAUGUGAUACGCGCCGUGGAGGAGGCAUCGCCCUCGCGGUCGAAGUCCUUACCGCCGACUUGGCGGCCGCCAAGGUUCCUGAUGGAGGCGGCGUACCCGUUGCUGAGCGACUAUGGGUGCAACGUGGCGUUGCCAGAGAUGCAGCCAGCGAACUGGUUUUUGAGGGAGUGGUUUGAGUCAGAUUUGGGAAAGUUGGAGGAAGGGUUGAGGCUGUGUGCACACAUUGGGUGCGGGCGACCCGAGACUCGGCCCCAUGAGUUUCGGCGGUGUUCAGUUUGCAGCAAAGUUAAUUAUUGUUCUCGGGGAUGUCAAGCUCUUGAUUGGAAAUUGCGCCACAAAAUGGAGUGUUCGCCCAUGGAAUUGUGGGUUGAAAAUAAUGAUGGUGGUGAUGUCGUUGGAGCCAAUGAAGGUGAAGUAGACUUCGGAAACGAUAUUGUGAUUCACGAUGUUGUUGUUUGAGGAACUUCUUCUAAUCAAAUUAUAAUAAAACAGAGCACUUGGUAAAUUAAAACACGCUUCUUGUACAUAUGGGAUUAAGUUCUACUUUUUCAGUGUCUUGGAAGAAAUUUCUUGUAGAUGGACAGGGAGAUUAGAAGUUCUUUAUUGAAUAUGAAUUUCAGUCAAAAUAAUGUUCAUUUCCAUUUUCUUUGUUUUACUGUACGACACAUAGUUUGUCAAACAAUAAUUUUCUUUUCUCUUU